AUGGAGACUCCUCAGGCGGGCUACUUGGUAAUUAUUCCAGUUUACCAGCACCUUCGUUUGAGGAGGGAGACUGGUAUGCCUGGGUUCAUCCUCCCUGGGGCUCCUGGAGACUCCGCAGGUGGGCUGCCUGGGAAUUAUCCCGUGUCACCACGAGCAUGGCGAGGCGGGGGCAGGUGUACCCGCGUGGUUGACUGCAGGGCGAACGGAUCAGGCCGAGAGGCGGCGGGCGCCAGGCAGGCUGCUGCGGCCUCCUUCCGGGUGACCGUCCCGACUCUGCGGAGACAGACCUGGCCCUCGGCGUCCAGCUCUGUGCCUGGGGUGUUUUCUCGGCACCUCAGUGAGACGACAAGCGAUCACGCCUGCCAGAACCAGGGUAGGGUGUUCGACAUUAUCACGACAGCUGUAAAAACAGCUCAUAUCACGUAG